AUGGCUAAAAAAACGAAGUCGAAGGAGGGAAGUUCACCUAUUCCAGAAACUUUAAAGAAAAAGAACACAAAAGAUACUAAGCUUGAAGCCAUUGAUCCCGAUGGUAAGAAGCCACAACGAGGUUUAGCCAUAGGUGAAAAUUUUGGCUGGACAGGUAAAUUGCCUGCCACUUUGCUUUAUGAGCAUUGUCAAAAGCAGAAAUGGGGAAAGGCUACAUUUGAUAUGAGAAAAGAAUCGAAGGGCUUUACGGCAGUUGUGAAUUUAAGUUGGGAAAAUCCUAAAACUAAGGAAUUAAUUAAUAUAAAGAUGGUCCCAGACCGUGAUCUAUAUUCUCCUAAGGAGACGUCUAAUGAGGCUAGGCAUGCUGCUGCUACCUAUGCAAUGCACAGAAUUAAUUACGUGAAAAAUAUGAAAAUGGUAUUGCCCAAUACAUUCAGAGACUACUGGUCAGAUUUAGAAUCUAAAAGACUGAACUUAUUAAAGCAAAAUAAAGAAGAACAUGACGCUAUCUAUAACUCUAACCCAUUCCAGGUUUACCUAAAUAAAAAGGAAAAGAGGGAAAAGAGAGAAAAAGAAUUGCAGAUUAAAGAGCAGAAUGACAAAAGAGUUCAAAGACCACAAUUGAAUAUAGCUUCCAAGAUCGGGGGACUCAAGAAAGAAGGUAAACGUAACACUGUUUCUAUUCCCAAUUCAGCAGAAAUUCCAUCUUUUCCGAAGAAGGUAUGGAGCAAUAGUCCUUUUGUCGACUUUCCCUCAAACGUCAGAUUAUCUAUAGAGUCGUCCGUAAGAGAGCAUAUUAGAUGGGAGGUUGAGAAUUCUCAGAAAUUGUCAGACCAAGAUCGGCGUGAAUAUUCUAAUACAUUUUACAAGUUAGGUUUCCGAGAAGCACAUGUGAAAGAAGCUUUCAAGUACACAUCAAGUUUCAAUGAUGCUUUGGAGUGGUUGUUAUUCCAUAUUCCCGAAGACGAUUUACCGAGUCUCUUUACCAAAUCCGCAGAUGAAACUGGUGUGACUUUGAAGAUUUCCAAGGAUAUUCAGCGCGAGUACUUAUUGAAAAGACUUCAUGAAUCGGGCUUUGAUAUGGAUGAAAUAGUGACGACCCUUGAAGAGAAUCACAACGACGAAAUUAAAACAUCGAUAGCACUCACGCGUAAACUCUGCCCUAGGAAAUUGCAUGCGAAUGAGGUGGCUGAUAACCAAGAAAUUUGGGAGCAAGAAAUUGAAAGCAUAAAUUGUAUUGGAUCUAAUUCUGCUAAUUUUUUGUCAGAUUCAUGCAAAAGAAUUGUUUUAAUAGGCUUAAAUCCAAAAGGCUUGGAAAAGAACCUUUUAAGCAUAAAGUUAUUUAAUUGUGAUAGAUAUCCAAACGACAUUCCUGGUAUGUUUUUGAUUGUCAACGAUCUGUCAUUCAAGCUAGCUAGUUAUAUCAAAUUAUCUAUAUUAAGAAACUUGAUAGAGUUUCUAUUCGAAAGAAAUAUUAUUGGAGACUGCUUCAUAUAUUCAAUUAUUGAAUGGUUGGAAGAUAAUAUAGCUAAUGUUAUCAAAAACCCUGGCCCUUUAUUGUACAUUGAAGAGGGAAGAAGUGACGUUACCUCUGAAGUGUCUUCUUCUAGAAAACCCGAGGGAAGAUCUAAGAAACGCGUCGAAAAGUCGCUUGAACUACUGAUUCAGGAGAUUGAAGCCGCAAAGAAAAGAUAUAAAGCAAGACAAGAAUCCGAGCAGGUACAAAAUUCAAUCAGGAAAAGGAAACUCCUUCCGGCUUGGAAUAAGAGGCAUCAGUUAGUUUCAGCAAUUAAUGAGCAUAAAAUUACUUUGGUUACAGGUGAAACUGGAUCAGGUAAGUCCACGCAGACGGUUCAAUUCAUAUUGGACUAUUUGAAUUCAAAGGAUAAUUUCUCGUCAACUAUUAUUUGCACUCAACCUAGGCGUAUUUCCACUAUUGGCUUGGCGGAAAGAAUAUCUGAAGAGAGGCUUGAAAAUGUGGGGGACGAAGUCGGUUAUGUUAUUAGAGGUGAAAAUAAGACUAGCAAGAAUACAAGGAUCACUUUUGCAACUACGGGAGUGUUACUUAGGAUGUUGCAAUCUUUCUUACAAUCAGGAGAGAAUAAUUUAUUCAAGAAGUUGGGUUAUAUUUUUGUCGAUGAAGUACAUGAGAGAUCCGUUGAUAGUGACUUUUUAUUGAUUAUCUUGAAAAAAAUAAUGGGUAAAUUUCCAAAUCUUAAAAUAAUAUUAAUGUCUGCAACAAUUGAUGUGGAUAUAUUUAAGAGUUUCUUUCAUACUCCCGUCAAUCAUAUUCAUAUAGAGGGAAGGACUUAUCCAAUUGAAGACCAUUAUUUGGGAGAAAUACUUGACGAUGUUGAUUUCACAAUUAAAAAUUCAGAUCACGAAUCUGUAAAACCCAAGCCGGACUCGUUCUUUUUUAAAAACGGUAAUAUAAAUUAUGAUUUAAUUGCUCUCUUAUGCUUGAAGGUAGAUUUUCAACUAAGGGAGAAGAUGGAUGACGGUUCUAUCUUGAUUUUUUUACCAGGAAUUGCGGAAAUCAACCAAUGCAUCUCACAAAUAGAAUCAAAGUUCAAGGACACUCUGAAUCAGAGCUGGUGUCUACCACUACAUUCGGCACUAGCCUCAGUCGAACAGAAAAAAGUGUUUCGAUCUGCUAAAAAAGGCGUCAGAAAGAUCGUGGUCUCCACAAAUGUAGCUGAAACAUCUAUAACUAUAAAUGACUGUGUAGUGGUUAUAGACAGUGGACGAUCUAAAACAUUGUUUUAUGACCCCAGUACAACUUCUACCAAGUUAAUUGAGAAUUGGUGCUCUAAGGCAGAGACAGGUCAAAGAAGAGGAAGGGCUGGUCGUGUUAGAGAAGGGUUCUGCUUUCACCUUUAUACACAAGAUACUUAUCAAAAUAUGAGAAGUGAAGCCAUUCCUGAAAUCAAGAGGACGAGAUUGGAAAAUCUCUAUUUAGUUGUAAAGGCAAUGAAUAUCAACAAUGUUGAGGAAUUUUUGAAUGACGGUCUAGAUCCACCUGAUCAAAAGUCAUUAUCUCUGUCUAAAGACUUUUUAUCGGAAAUAGGAGCAUUACGAAAUGAUAAAUUAUCGCAUCUAGGUAAAUAUUUAUCAUAUUUGCCUACAGAUUUGCAAAGUGGAAAAUUGUUGAUUUUAGGGUGUAUUUUCUCGUGUUUGGAUAUGUGUUUAACUCUUGCAUCGAUACAAUCUGUUGGCAGUCCUUUUUCAAAUUCCUUCGAUCUCAGAGAUAAGAUUAAAGAAAUUCAAAACCAAUACUCCGAUGGUCAGGGCGAUUUAAUCGGGAUGGCUAAUGUUUAUAAAGAAUACGAGCGGGUCAAGUCAGAGAAUAAGAAUGUGAACAAAUUUAUCUCUAGUAACUGUUUGUCUUAUAUGAGUUUGAAAGACAUUAACUCUACUAAGGUUCAACUUCUAUCAAUUUUAAAAGAUAUCGGUUUUGUUCCUAUGAACUACGGCAAGGUGUACGAUACGUUGAACAGAAACUCAGAGAACUAUUCCAUAAUACGUUCGGCAAUCACCGGGGCGUAUUACCCUCAAAUUGCAAGAGUUCAGUUACCAGACCCUAAGUAUUUAAAAUCUUUUGUUGGUGCUAUAGAGGUCGAACAGGAUGCUAGGCAAACCAAAUACUGGAUCAGAAACAACGGAUUUAUGAACCAAAAGCCACAGGAGGCUGAUACCGAGAAAGAAUUGCCUGCUAUUCGGGCGUUUAUUCAUCCUUCUUCUGUUUUGUUUUCGAGCACAAGUAAUCAAAACACUGUACCUGAUAUUGAAAAAUACUUGAGAGAGGAUGGUUCUUUUGAUUCCGAGACUGCAAAGGAAAUUUACAACACACCUCCACUGGUCCUGUCUAGUGGGUCAUUGAUUAAGUCUUCAUUCAUUGUAUAUGGAUCGUCUCAUCAUUCAAGUAAACUUUUCCUAAGAGAUGUCACUCCAACAAGCACCUUGGUAACUCUUUUAUUUGGGGGAGAAAUUGUCUACGAUUUAACGAGUAACUUGACAACAGGCAAUAAAUCUCCAGGAAUAGUGCUUGAUAAGUGGCUCCCUAUCAGAACAUGGUGCAAAAAUGGAGUGUUGAUAAAAAGACUCAGAAUUUUACUCGAUAAUGCCAUCAAUGACAGACUUUCACAGCCACAUUACUUUUCCUCCAUUAAAGAACUUGACAAACCAUCUGACAGCGAUAGAAUUUUGUCUAUCGUUGAGAAAGUCGUUGGUAUAUCAUAG